GCCUCCACCGAAGGAACUCGUGUAACUGUAAAUUUUCAAAAUUCGAACGUUCAAUUCGAACCGGCCAAUAGCCGUCGUCCAAUCCGAUUUUUUUGCAUACAGAGUGUUCCGUUAGUGCUUAUGUGAAUCUACAGGGUGCUCUAGUGUCGGAUAAAGUGGAUAUUUGACUCGCGUUGACCCGGUGUAAAAACAUCGUGAACCUCAUCGUGCAUAGUUGACCCAUUCACGAACCGACGCCGGAAACAUUAUGCCUUAUACGUACAACAGUAUCUGAAGACGGACCUGAACACCUUAACAGUCGAGACACCGUUAAUUAUGCCAAUUUAUUAACACGAUCCAACAUGGAAGAAGUAGCCGCGCGUCCCAGUUUAGAGUACAUCCCGCCCCUACCCCCCAAAACUAAGCAAAGGGGCUCGACUACAUUCACACAAAUAAGAACAGAAGAUACAAGUUCGAAAUCGAACGGUAUUAAUGCUGAACGCAACAUGGAUUCGCUGAGUUCAAUGCACUCGCUCGUCCUUAAUUCUAAGACCCCAUCCACAACGGUAUUCAUAGCGGCGACCCAGUCAGAACGACCCGCGAGCACGCCAACCACGGACGCUCUCAACGGUCCACACGUGGUCACAAUCAGAAUCAACACCGAUUCAAACAAACCGAAAGCCCCCAAAAUAUCGAGCGUGCACCUCAAAAGCGACAUCGACUACGAUCAUUUCAAAACAAGCGACGUAUGCAGAAAAAGCAAUAACAGCCUCGUCAGAUUGAACGUCGAUGAGACUACACCCAAAAUUCUUGAAAGAGAAGGAAAUAAUAAGACUGAUAUAGCUCCUUAUAUAUAUUGUAACUCAUUCAGUUCGAUGACCAGUAUGGUUAUGUCGAGCGGUCAAUGUUCUCCGAGUGACACUUUAGAUUCGGGAACAUGCAGCGACCUUGACGGCACCCCACCUCCGCUACCCAAAAAGAAGUCAUUCAAAUCCAAUUCCGCAAAGAAAAUUGUGUCGGUAACUUUGAUUCGCAACGGCAGCCAAGGCGAACUAGAUUUUGAAGAUAACGACUCGAACAUAUCGUGCGAUUCUCUGAACAGCAGUGAAUUCAGCGGGAGCGUUCACACCGACGAAAGUCACAGUGACUAUGGCAAGAAAGAUAAGAAACUCGAUAUACCAGUCGCGCCGGUGAUGCCAGUGUGCAACAAAAUGGCCGUCAAAGACAGCUUUCUGCCGCAAGGUCUACUUCAAGACAUCAGAGACCGCUCGGCCAAACUAAGCACAGUCGAAACGGAAAGUCAAAACAAUGAACACGACAACGAAGAAACGAACCAGAAUAUUAAUGAAGAUGCUAAUGUCCCUAAAGAAAGUGCACAGCUCACUUCGUUCCGUCUGGUUUCGCAGUUUGAUAGACAGACAAAGAGCGUAAGCGAGUCAUUACCGAACCUCUGCUCCCAAACGCCUCUAAUAAACGAAAGUACUUACGAGGAAAGAAAGAAAGAGGACAAAAUAAAACAAGAGCAAAUGUUUUAUAGCAGUCAUUAUUUUGAUACGGACAAGUUUUACGAUUUCCAUCUAAACGAGAAGCAAUUUGACGAGAAUGACUCAUUGAAAAGUGUGAGUGUUAGCAAAGUGGACAGUGAAGUGAGUGAUUUAGAAUAUUUCGCCGGCGUCAAGGACUUCAAGAACGAGGACAUGCCCUCGACUAUUAAAAGUUCAAAGGGUACGAUCCGUGGCGUUAAGAAUCGCGUCCGGGCCGGCAUAGCGACCUUCAUACAAAUGCAGAAUACGACAAAGAGUUACAAAGAAAAAGACGCGGGAAAAGUUGUUGUCUACACGACAACAAUGGGUAUCGUCAGAUCAACAUACCAACGCUGUGUCCUCGUGAAGAAAAUACUUCGGAACCUCCUCAUCAAGUAUGAUGAGCGAGACGUCUUCAUGAGCAUCGAGUAUCAAGAUGAAAUACGGGACCGGAUGAGGAGUGAGCAGAUUUUAGUGCCACAGCUCUUCGUGGAUGGACAACAUAUCGGGGAUGCGGAAACCGUAGAGAAACUUAACGAGAGCGGAGAGCUGCGGAAAAUGCUGAAGCCUUACAAGAGUCCCGACGCGUGCACCACGUGUCAGAUGUGCGGUGGCUUCCGUCUUCUACCCUGCAGGAUCUGCAAUGGAUCCAAGAAGAGCCUCCACCGGAACCACUUCACUGCCGAAUUCGUGGCGCUCAAAUGCAUGAACUGCGAUGAAGUUGGUCUCGUGAGGUGCGAGGCUUGCUCUUAGUACAGAAACCGUUUCAAGGACGCGAGCGAUUUGUGAUAAUUCAAUUCAA